GCGAGUCACACACCAGUCACCACCAGUUGACGUCGAGAUGGCAAGGCAAGCGGGUGUGUGCGCGGCGCUCCUCGUGGGCGUCUUGGCCUCCUUGGCGGCCGCUGAGUCCUACGAGAAGUUCCCUCUCCUCAUGCCCAACGUGCGGCCAGAGAAGGCCGAGACGUACUUCUGCACUCCGAUCCGAAUAGAUCCCACUCAGGAGUACUAUGUCACCGCCUUCGAACCCAACGCCACCAUGGACACGGCCCACCACAUGCUGCUCUACGGCUGCGAGACCCCGGGCAGCGACGAGGAGGUCUGGAACUGCGGGGAGAUGGCGCUGUCGCAGCCCGGCCUCGCCACGGCCUCCGUCUGCGGGUCCGGAUCGCAGGUGAUCUACGCGUGGGCCCGCGACGCCCCCAAGCUGGUGCUGCCCGAGGGCGUGGCGUUCAGGGUCGGAGGCAAGUCCAACAUCCAGUACCUCGUCCUCCAGGUGCACUACGCCUCCGUCGAGAGGUUCAAGGAUGGCUCUACUGACGACUCCGGUGUGUUCCUGUACUACACAGAGACUCCGCAACCCAAAGCGGCGGGCGUCCUCCUGAUGGGCACGGGCGGCCGCAUCAACCCCAACAGCGUCGAGUACAUGGAGACGGCCUGCACCAUCCAGGAGGACAAGGUGAUCCACCCCUUCGCCUUCAGGACGCACACGCACGCCCUGGGUCGCGUGGUGUCGGGCUACAAGGUCACCAGGAAAGGGUCCGCAGACGAGUGGGAGCUCAUAGGCAAGAAGGACCCGCAGCUGCCCCAGAUGUUCUACCCUGUGGCCAACGACCUCACGCUCACCAAGGGGGACACCGUGGCUGCCAGAUGCACAAUGGAGAGCAAUCGUGACCGCACCACCAGGGUCGGCGGCCGAGGCAGCGACGAAAUGUGCAACCUGUACAUCAUGUACUGGGUGGAGGGCGGCCUGGACCCCCUGCGCUACAAGCCGUGCUUCAGCGCCGGCCCGCCCCUCUUCUACUGGAGCCGCUACGUCAUCCACGGCCGCCCCUUCACCAACAUUCCCGAGGACGCGAGCUUCCUGCCGCCCGAGGUCGUGGAGGAUCACUCGAAGCAGCGGCGCCGGCGAUAGAGAGAUAGGGAGGUGGACUGAUGGAUGGAUAACUGCUUGGAUUUUUUUUUGUUUCUUAUGUAGAGCCAGUUAUCCGUCGGUUCGUUGUCUGGUUUUGUUUAGUGAUUCAUGCAUCAUUAUUUAUUUGUCACUCAUUUAUAUUCACUUGCGUAUUAUUCGUCACAUCCUGAUGCUGAUCGUCCGCAGUUUGGUUGAUCACGUGACUCAGAGGACGUAUCGCGGGCAUUUUCGAAAAAAAAGUAUCUAGUAAAUUGGGCAAUUAUAGAUAUUACUUGUAGCUGUAGUUGGUUUUUACAUUUAGGGGCCUAAAGGAUAGCAUAAGCUAACCUCUAAAUAUUACAUAGAACACUUAGUUCGCUUAAAUUAUCUCGAGGUUAAUGUGACGUCAUUUCACCUCGCGGCGUCACAGUUCACGGUUAUGGCAUCGCUGCGGAAGUACUUGGGUGAUGGCAACACUGCUCCUUCCUGUCAUCCCCGGAACGCCUUUUGAACGACUGUCAUUCCUCUCAGGACUAACCACCUUCUCUUAUUAUUGGCCGCCAGAGGUCGUUCAUUUCCCUGAAUCACGUUUAACUUUCACCUGAUUUUGUCACCACAACCUUGCAUAAGACUUGCGGUGGUCUUCCUUCUUGUCAUUUUCUUGGUUCAUGUUUUCUCGUUCCAUCUCCCACUGUGCCAGGAUUACUUACUUUACUUUAGUUAUGUUUAUCACUAGUUCUUCCUUUUUUCCCCUUCUCAGUUUUUGUCGUUUGUUUAUCUUUUAAUAGUUGUCCUACUUUGGUAUUAUUUCUCCCCUAGUCCUAUGAUUUAUUAUCUCUUCUUCUCUUUGACUUACAUUAUUGCAACUACUUCUUUGCUUUGUCAUCCAAUAUUUUCAUUUACGGCAUUUUAUCAUAUUUAUUUAUCGAUUUAUUUGCUUCUUUCCCCCUUUCUUUCCUUCCUCCCCCUGUCCCCUCCUCGCAACCUCCGCCGUCUGCAGUUCCACCAACGAGGACGAAAUGUGCAACUUCUACGUCAUGUACUGGGCGGCGAAGGAGACGCUGUCGCAGAAGAGCUGCUUCUCCCUCGGCCCGCCCUUCUACUACUGGAAUCGCGGCGGCCUCGGCAACAUCCCCGACAGGGAUGCGUCCUCGCUCCCCGUGGGGACCUCGGCCAAGGAGAGCGGGGUGGCGCCGCACCAGAUUUAGGAGCAGGAGGAGAACUGCUGGUGAAGAAGGUGGAGGAAAACUGCUGGUGAAGAAAGAGCAGGAGAAGCGCUGGUGAGGGAGGAGAAGGUGGUGGUGAUGGUGGUAAGGAGGUGCUGUCGAAGGAACACGAGGAGGCAGCAAAGGAAACACGAGAACACCUGAGGAGAAGAGAGAAAUCAUGAGACCCUCCAGAAUGUCAUACCUUUUUUAGAAAACCUUUGAAUGGAGCGUUUCAAGGACUGCAAUUGCUUAGCCAACAUAGAAUAAACACGGAGGAGGAUUGUCCUGUAGACACUAGCACAAGUAUAUUACUUCUGUUUAGUACAUGGGAUAUUCAGUUUUUUUCUAUCCAGUGUUCUGUUAUCACAGUUAUUAACCUUUGUUAUACAUUGCAGAAAUUUUAUUAUCAAUAACAAAUAAACUUUGUAUUUUUGUUUCUUUGUUACUGGUUUCUUGAUUUAAGAUUAAAACUAUUUAUUGAAAA